AGUGAGGGGGCAGCGCACGGAGCUCAACAGCCGGGGGAGGUGACGGGGAGUUGUAAGAGCCUCCACGGCGGCGGAACGAGGCUGUGAAUCCUCCCGCGGCGAAGGGAACAGCGCUGGUUCGGACUGCAGCACAGAGGACGGAAAACGAGAGAGAGAGCCAAAACAAACUAAAAGGAGUGCCUUAGAAGUGGGGAAAAAGAGGAGCGACGCACAAUCUACAGCACUUUGUGAACAGGGAAGAAGAGAUGAGACCAAUGAAGAAGCACAGAGGACGAUCCCCGCCGUUAACUCGAGGCAGAGGGGGGAAAAGGAGGGGAGGCUCUCAGCCCCUCCAAGAGAAAGACCCCAAAAGAGUUAAGAGGGAGACACUCGUCAAAUCCGCACAGCACACACCCAACACUCCCUCCGCACGCAAACAGAGUCCGCCCACAGCCAUCAAGUCAAACGAAGCACCAGUCACAAACAGCAAGAGGGAGGAGUUGACUGAGCCGAGGAAACCUGUGGAAUCAGCCGAUGGAAAGAAAGCAGUAGAAAAGACAGAACAAGACAAGACAGUGGGCACGAAGAGCACCAUGUCCACUGAUACUUUAGUGGUUCCUACCUCUGCCCUAGCGCCACUGUCCACAGCUACUCCCCCUCCGAUCACUAAUCACAGCCCUAGUAUAGGCUCGGUCUCUAGCAGGAAAACGGCGACAUUUAAGGCUCGUGUCCCGAAGAAGAAAUACACAUAUGAGCACUUUGCUAACAAUGCAAAUGCCCUGACUACCAUUCCUACCUCCAGCCCUGCACUCAUACACAACAGUUACUGCAAUAUCAACAGCAAAAUUAAUGAUAAUGUGAAUACGCCCAACAAUAACUCCAAGAGUUGUAACACUAUUAGUAAUAAUAGCAUUAAUAGGAGCAUUUAUGUUAGUACCCAUAGUACUAACAGUAACUCUACAAGUAGUAUUAACAACAUGAUUAGCAGUAAUAGUAGUGCUGGGAGCCAUAAUACUUUUAUUAAUAGCAGUAAUAGUAGAAGUAAUAAUUGCUCAGGUAAUCAGCCAUCAGUGCUAACUGUGGAUAGUAAAGCUACAGAAGAAAACCAUUUUGUCCCCAUGGAGGAUCGGGCCCUCAGGACAGCGGACUCCCAGGAAAAAGAGCCUCAAGCUGGUGAACAUGAGUCCGAGGGGGCCCCUAACUCAGUGCGCUCCUCGUCCACUGACACAGCCAGCGAGCACUCAGCUGACGUGGAUGCGAUGGAAGCAACAGCACCCGGCCCUCAUCAUAAAGCCUCCAACAUCCCAGCUCCCCCCCAUAACUCACACCCUGAAGAGGCUGGCCUUACCGAGGGGCUGGCUGAGGCUCUGGCCAAAGGCAUGAAGAACCAGAGAGUCCUGGCUCGUCAGAGAAAGAAGGCCAUGGAGAGCGGGGCGGGGGGUGCAAUGAACCGAGGGCCCAAGGAGAGAGACUCAUGCUCCCCGUCACCUUUGUUCAGGCCAGGGGUGGUGCGUCGGGUGAGUGGAGGUACUGUCGAAGUCCAGCUCCAAGGAGAGGGCACCUUUGUUAAAUUCCCUUUCCAUGGUGGAUCCAUGAUAACAUCAUCAUCAUUGUCGGGGGCCGACACCACUGUGGACUUCAUUUUAGAUGCCCCGCCACCUGGCAUGGCACCCGUGGCCGUCGGGACCCGAGUGUGUGUGCCCUUUGCUGGAGAGGAUGGGGGUCCUCUCCUGUACAGACAGGGGAUUGUCACUCAGGUGGACCCCCAUCCCGGAGUCUCAUUUCCUUACCAGGUGCUCCUGGGUGAGGACAGAGAAACUCUGGGUAACGAUGGGGUGGCAGAGGAGAAAGAGAAAAGGAAAGCUGUGUGGGUGUCCCGACAGAGCCUGAGACUCCUCACCGCUCCCUGGGAGGUCCCACAUUUGGAGGGUGGGAAGGCGAUAGAGAGAGAACGGGAGAGGGAAAGGGAAGAGAGGGAGCGGAUGGAGGAGAUGGAGGUAGAGAGGGAAGUGUGCCAGUUGAGUAUUGGAAUGGGGGUGCUGGGAGGGGGAGCGAGAUUAGGCCAUGGGCAUGCCCAUGAAGGGGUUGCAGGAGGGCACCCCUAUGUUAACGUACAUCCAUCCCCCCGCUCUUCCACUGUGGCCUCUGGUGGAGGAGCCAGCACAGCUCAUGAGUGUGAAGGGAACUUCUCCGACAGAGAGAGACAGAAAGAGCCCAACACUCCAGACGAAGACGUUGAGGUUUCUCAUUUUAACUUGGUCCUAGCAGCUGGUCCCAAGCCACCUGCUGGGACGUCUCAGCAGAGAAACAUCCUCUCCAAGUCCAGUGGGUACCCUCCCUCCUCCCCCCACCUCUCUGUUGUACGGGGUCUAGGAACCCCACACCUCUCCCCCCUCGCUGGUCCACAGCCACCCCCUUCCCCUGCCCUACUGGGGUCAGAAAUGAAAAGCACUCCAAACCUACCUCCGUCCAAGACCACUCCCACCCAGACCCCUACUCCCACUUCUGGUGGGGGGUCCUCCUCUACCUCCUCUCGCUCCAGGACUCCCCUCUCAUUGGCACAGCAAAAAUUCAAGAAGGGUGAUGUGGUGUGUACCCCAAAUGGUAUUCGUAAAAAGUUUAACGGUAAGCAGUGGAGAAGGCUGUGCUCCAGGGAGGGCUGCAUGAAGGAGUCUCAGCGUCGGGGAUACUGCUCCAGACACUUAUCCAUGAGGACCAAAGAGAUGGAGGCGGCUGGGGGAGAGAGGGGGGGAGGCAGCAGCUCAGGGACCGUCACCCCCUCUGACCUGCGUGGCAGAGCCAGUAGUGAGUUUGAGUGGGAUGACACAUCAAGAGAGAGUAGUGAGACCAGUAGCAGAGGAGACUCCCGACCCCGCCUGGUCCUCCCUUCCCUCCUCCCCCACGAACUGUCCUCACGCUUUGAUUUUGAUGAGUGUGAGGCCGCCACCAUGCUUGUAUCGUUAGGGAGCUCCCGCUCCUGCACCCCUUCCUUUUCUCCCAUCUCCAACCAGUCGCCCUUCUCCCCUGCCCUCUCUCCCUCGCCUUCCCCACUUUUUGGCUUCAGGCCGGCCAACUUCUCCCCGAUAACCGCCUCCCCAGUUCUGCAACACCGGAGGCACAGGCAACCCAGCGGUACGGGGGGAGGAGGGGGAGGGGGCAGCAAAGCAGCAACCUCAGCUGGAGGAGCAGAAAGGGAGAGACACACUUCAGGCAUCCAGCCUUCCUUCCACAGUAACCUGACGUUUACGGUCCCCAUGAGCCCCAGCAAACGAAAGCCAGAUGCACCUCCUCCUCCACCCGUUCCCUCACACCACCACGAUUACACACCCAAGACUGAGUUGGACCAGGGGGAACUAAACUCUUUCAGGGUGUUGUCGCCCCAGACACCAGCUUCACAUUCCCACACGCACACACCCACCUUCUCCCGACCCAGGGGAGUAAGCACCCCCUCCUCCGGUAAGCCCUCUACUACUGUCUCCCCUCCUCCUCUGCUGGUGUCUCCAACUCCUCCUUCUCCUCUCACUCAUGACGGGGGGCCUCGUCGCUUGGUUCCUGUAUCCCAACAGGCCUUGCGGGAUUCCCCUGUCAUAGUGAGGAAUCCUGAAGUCCCACUGGCAAAAUUUACAGAAUGUCCCAUAGGUAGAGUAGGAGGAGGAAGUGGAAACGAGGGAGGCACAGAUCACACUUCAUCCAAAGACAUUAACCCAACACCCCUUACUCCUCAGACAAUUUCUGGAGUCCAGAUUCCCGUCCCCAUUAAUGCUGCUACAGCCACAGUACCCAAUGGCACCGUCCUUUUGCGAAGCCCAGCCCAAACUCUGGUGCUUGUGUCCCCAACACCUUCCUCGCUGCCCACCGCUGACACCCCUGCCGUCCCCCUGCAGGCCCUUUCAGUUACUGUCAGCGCAACAGCCACAGCUCCCGCUCCGAGUAGCACAGACAGCUCCGGGGAGCUAGAGGAGAACAGGGGGACGGUGUUUGGGGGUGAGGUCCAGCAGCCAGUUCCCUGUCACCCUUCUCCCACUGCACUGCUGCCCUUGAUCCUCCCAGCACAAAGCCUUCACCCCAUCCCACGAAAGGAAAUCAUCAUGGGACGUCCCGGCACAGUGUGGACCAAUGUAGAGCCCCGGUCAGUUCCAGUCUUCCCCUGGCAUUCAUUGGUCCCUUUCCUGGCACCAACCCAAUCAGAUGCUCCUUCUCUGCCAGGGGAGGGCCAGCAUCCAGUGAACCACCCCCAAGCAGCCAGUCUGAAGUCAGGUACAGAAUAUCUUUGCUGCAUUACUGAAGAAUGUCAGGGGGUGGCAGCGCUGUCACAGGAGCCUGCAGAGGCCCCUCCCCCUGUCGAAAGAGGUCCCCCGCCCCGACCUCCCCCCUCCUCUGAUGAGCCGCCUCCAGAGAAGGAGAAAGGAGAGGCAGAGAGGGAGAGGCCUGACAGCGAGACCGAGAGUGAUGUUGAUGACAUCUUCCUUCCAGGAGUUGUACCAGAACCGCCUCUCGCUAUAUCACCGGUAAAGAGGCGCACUCAGUCCCUCAGUGCGUUGCCCAAAGAUGGAGACAAGAGCAGCCCUGGAAAGAGGGAGAAGGACCACAUCCGGCGACCGAUGAAUGCAUUCAUGAUUUUCAGUAAGCGCCAUCGAGCAUUGGUGCACCAGCGGCACCCGAACCAGGACAACAGGACAGUCAGCAAGAUUCUCGGGGAAUGGUGGUAUGCCCUAGGACCCAAGGAGAAACAGAAGUACCAUGAUUUGGCUUUCCAGGUAAAAGAGGCCCACUUUAAGGCGCACCCAGACUGGAAGUGGUGCAACAAAGACAGGAAGAAGUCCAGCUCCGAAGGCAGGGGAGUCCCAGGGGGCAAAGAUAUCAGAGAGAGGAGCAUGUCUGAAUCCACAGAGCCCCAUUCUGUGGAGCUGAAGGGAGCUGGUCCAAGUCUGGUUGCUGAGAGGAGUACAGGAGAAGGUCAUGUGGGCCAACUGACUCGACCCCGAGCCUUCUCUCAAAGUGCCAUGCACAGCCUGGAGCGGAGUGACAGGGGUAAUACACAGGCUCUGGCAGAACUGGCACAGAUGUGUGGGGAUGGUGGCAGCCAGUUUUCCAGUCAUGCCCCACCCCGGCCGCAGUCCCAGCGGGGGGUCAGUGAGGACAUGACUAGUGACGAGGAGCGCAUGGUCAUCUGUGAGGAGGAGGGAGAUGAUGAUGUCAUCGAGGACCCCUAUCCUAGCACCUCCAUAGACCUCAAGUGUAAGGAGCGGGUGACUGACAGCGACAGUGAUAAUGGUUCUGCAGACGAAAGCGAUCGAAAGAGAGUUUUUGCCCCAGUCAUCUGCUCCACUGCAUCCUCCUCCUCCUCCUCACACCACACACCUCAUGUCCGGAGUGUCUCACUGUCCUCUUACCCCUCCAGCAGGCGUUAUGAUGAGGGGAGAUCAGGGGGGGGUGGGUUUUCAGAUCACAGGAGGAAGGAAAGGGGAGAAGGAGAGGGUAAAGACACAUUUGGGGGAGAGGGAGGAGGAAGAGGAAUACAAGCCUCCUCUCUGUCCCUCUCUUCUGGCCAGUCAGUCAUUUCCACUUCUCCGGCUGGAGGGCAUCUGUCCUCGUCAGUUCACUCACUGGGCGGGAACCCACUACUGGGCAUUGGCGCCGUGAGGGUGGCGUCUACGGUGGUGACCAAUGUAAUGCGUCCUGUUAUCAGCACAGCGCUCCCCAUCGCCAGUAAACCCAGAGAUGGAGGCUCUUCAUCCAGCCCUCAUCUGGUGGAGAGGAGGUCCCUGACCCCCCAUCAGCAGCCGCACCUUCUGAUUGGUUCAGGACCAGGAGGUGGGGUCACAGGGGGUGGGUACUACUCUUCUUCAUCACCUAGUCCUAUAGGUGCAGGCAUAGGCCCAGGUGGUGUAGUGACUAAUUUGGUGUUAGGAGGGGCUUUGUCUGCUCAACCCGCUGUCCAGCUCUUCACCUCCUCCCCCCACCCGCAUCCCCUGCAUCAUCAGACCCAUACCUCCACUGCUAUUUCAGCUCUUCAUAGCCAAAGCAAUGGGCCCCUGUCGAUGCCCAUGAUGCAGCCCCAGUUCCUUCCUGCUUCCUCCCUGGCACCCCCUGGGGGUAAAGCCAUCACACAAGUCCAGUACAUCCUGCCCACUCUACCUGCCAACACCAACCCCAAGAGUCCACCUCAGCAGCUCAGCCAGCCAACCAGCAUCUUCAACCUGCCCACAGCUCCACCCACACACAUGUCUCUGGCCAAUGGAAAGCAGCAGGGUGCAGGUUCACUGAUAGGAUAUACGUCCAGCCCCGCAGUGGGAGUGGUCAGCCCCGGCCCCCGAGUGCAAACACAGUCUCCGGUGCUCCAGGGUAAAAUGCUUGUUCCCAUGGCAACAGUACGGACUGCACCAGCCCCUGCCCAGCAGUUUCCCAUUGUUGCUCCGCCUCUUCCUGUCCAGAACGGCGCUCAGACCGGAAGCAAGAUCAUUCAGAUUGCGCCAAUGCCAGUAGUCCAGUCCCAGCUCCAACAGGGGGGGGCAGUGCACCCUGCCAGCCCCUUUCCUGGAGCAAUGGGCACAGCUGCUGUGAUGGCUCCAGGAUCAGCCCCCUCCCAGACUGUACUCCUGCCACCACCACCCACCAGGAUCACCUAUGUCCACCCGAGGAGGUUCUGCCUUCACCGACCCUGCAGAGUCUGGCCACGUCACCCCGCGCCAUCCUGGGCAGCUACCGCCGCAAGAGAAAGAACUCUACAGAUUUGGACUCAGCCACUGACGAUCAAGUCUCUCCUAAAAGAAAGAGCCGGCGGCGCUCCAGCUGCAGCUCCGAGCCCAACACUCCUAAAAGUGCAGCCAAGUGUGAAGGAGACAUCUUCACCUUUGACAGAGCAGAUACCCGGAGUCUCAACCACUCCACCUAUUUGUCCCCACUCCCAGCCACAGAUGGAGAAGACAUCCUGACAGAACUGGAGUUUGACAAAGUGCCGUACUCGUCCCUGCGUCGAACGCUGGACCAGAGGAGGGCGCUGGUCAUGCAGCUGUUCCAGGAGCAGGGCUUCUUCCCCUCAGCUCAGGCCACUGCAGCCUUCCAGACGAGAUACUCGGACAUCUUUCCCACCAAGGUUUGUCUCCAGCUGAAGAUCAGGGAGGUCCGGCAGAAGAUCAUGCAGACGGCCACCCCCUCCGACGCCUCCGUCUUAGGCUUCCCUGACUCCGCCUGCUCCCUCCCUGGACCCUCCGGCUCUCAGUCAGGAGAAGCCUCAGCGAGAGGAGGAGGAGGAGGAGGCGACCUGCAGGACGAGGAAGGGGAGCAGGGGACAGAGACGAGCCCAGAGGAUCCUCGGGACUCACAGGACUCGUGUAGAUGAGGGAAGUUGACUCAUCGAGAUUGACCAAUCAGUGACUGCUGCUGUCACACAUUUCCACCCCUACGCGCUUUCACACCUUUUUUUUUUUUCAAAUCCACUUUUUGCUCUACUCUGAUGAGAUCAUUUUUUUCCUUUGUAUUCUCUUCAGAUGACCUUGGAGAUGUUUUAUGCAACAUUGGGAGGUUUUUUUUAUGUGUGACCCUUGUACCAAAAAAAGGACAUGUGAAAAACCUAGUGGCACAAAACUUACACACACACACACCCGGUAAACUCUUACAUCCCACACUUGAAUUAGCACUCUGUAUUAACCACCUUGGAGGAAGCUCCCAUUGAUGCCAGUGAACGAAGGAGCAUUGUGUACAGCUGCGCUCAUUUGCCUCCACAGAAGAAGAAAGGGUUCUUGUUUUGGACGGAGAUCUGCUUCGCCCUUUCAGAGGUGGUGGAAAGUCAGCCGUUUAAAAAAAAAAAAAAAUAGGACAUUUUAGCUUUUGUUAUUUGUUUUAAUAGGGUCAGAGGAGUAGAAGCAGUAACGUAUCUGUUCAACCUGUAUGUAGACUUAACAGUUGUAAGCCUGUGUCUUGUUUCUGCUGACUCUCGGGGGCUGGGCCUCCAGCAGCUUGAAACCAUUUGAUUUGACAAAGAGCACUCGUUGCUACGGACCUGGAAAGUUUUCCUGUUCACACGUGGACCUUCAGGGGAGGUCUGCACAGGACAGACUGAUACAUGGACUCAAACGUUAAGUGGACUUCUGGCAGUGCCAUCAUUCCUGCGAGUACCUGUCUGGCCAAGUCCUCCCUUCUCUCGACUGACCCCUGAGCCCACGCCAGGGGGAAGGAAGCGAGCAUUCCCGUGCCUCUCGUUUGUGAACCAUGAAGGAAGGAGGUGGGUUAGAAUCAACGGGCACAUCUUGGCUCUUUGUUGCAGAGGUCCGGCUGCUGCAGCCUUAACCCUCUGUUGCCAAGCAGUUUUAUGACUUUUUUUAAUGAUUUGUAUUUAACAUGGUCAUAUUCCGUUUGUUGUCGUACUAUUAUUAUGGUUAUUGUUAUUCCUCCUAUCAUUAUAGUGGAUCCUGCUCCUUGGUUCUAUUCUCAUCGCUGGCAGACAUUUCCUUCAUUUCUGCCGGUUGUUGAUUUCUUGUACUAGUUUUCUUUUAAUACUUCUAGAAACAGGUGAAGGAUGCUUAUCCUCCGUUGUAGUCUUCCCUUGACCAGCCUCUGGCCUCAGCAAGGACCUGUGGUGCAGUGAUUUUUUUAUGGUUCAUUUCAAAGAGGAAGACAAACUCGACGCAGACCUUUAAAUUCGUUCAACAGUAAUAAGCCGUAUGUUUUAGACAGCCUUGUAUGCCUCUCUGUCCCGCGCUCUAUAGCCUCAGCAUUUGUACACACCCUUCCUCCACCUCUUUCCUUCCCUUUGUCACUUUAUUUCUCUCUCCAGACCUCCUUCAUAGACAGGUGGAGAGAAUGAACUGCAGUAAGUGAGAGGAGGGUAACAAAUCCAAAAGAGAACUGGUAGGACCUUAUACUGGUUCUGUCUGUGCAAGACUUGGUUGUGCUGUAAAUAAUUACUGUAGAGUCAGUAGACUCGUUAUAUUAUUGAUAAGGAACAUACGUUGACUUUUAAGACACCUAUUACAGACGGUAAAAACACAUGACAUGGAAAAAAACAAUAAUAAAUAUGACUAUUAAUGUUUUUGUGUUAUACUCCUUGUUUUGCCGUUCCAGUAUGCAGGAGAGGAAUUUAUAUGAAUAAUUUAAGGUUUGUAUCUGUAUCUUUCAGUAUGCAAAUAAAAAUAGGUGUUCGAUUAAAGUGAUUUUAUUGCUGGAAA